AUGAUGGAUUUGUUGAAGAAGCCAUUUGUUCACCAAUCUUUCAUCAUUAGUAAUACUGCAUUUUCUUCAUCCUUUAAGGGUAGGAAAGAUAUGAUUUGUCAUAACAGAAGCAAUUGGUUUUUGAAACCUUCUAUAGUCAAAGAGGGUUGUAUAAGAAAGUGUGUUUCUCCUAAGUUCGUGAGAGUAGUGAUGGCAACAACAGAUAUAAUGUCUCAUACUAAUGUGAAAGCUUUAGUGAGUGUGAAGCAAAGUGAUGGUGGCAUCAUCAAUAAUAUCGUUACUGAUAUUGUUGGUAAUAGUCACUUGGUUUUGGAGCUCGUUAGUGCUGACCUUCAUCCAAAAACAAAGUCGGAGAAAGAAACUAUAAAAGCACAUGCACAUGAAACUCAGAAGAACGAGAACGAUGUACAAUUUGAGACAACAUUUAAGUUACCUGCGGAUUUCGGAAAUGUCGGUGCUGUUUUGGUUCAAAAUGAACACGACAAAGAAAUAUUUCUAAACAACAUAGUCCUUGAUGGUUUCCCAAAUGGCCCCAUCCACCUUUCUUGUCAAUCAUGGAUUCAACCAAACCAUAGUGAUUCUCCUACUGAGAGAGUUUUCUUCACUAACAAGAUGUAUUUGCCAUCACAAACACCUAGUGGAUUAACAAAGCUAAGAGAAAAUGAGCUCAAAGAAUUAAGAGGGAAUGGUGAAGGUGAAAGAAAAAAAUCAGACAGAAUCUAUGACUAUGAUGUUUACAAUGAUCUUGGCGAUCCUGACAUCAGCACUGAACUCAAAAGACCUGUUCUUGGUAGCACAAAACAAUAUCCUUAUCCAAGACGAUGUCGUACCGGUCAAACACAUUCUGAUGUAGACCAACUGUAUGAAAAAAGGAGCACUUUAGAUUUCUAUGUUCCGCGUGACGAGUCAUUUUCUGAAACAAAGCAGACACAGUUCAAUGCUUCUACCAUAUCCUUAGGCUUGACUACUAUUAUACAAUCGUUAGACUCUAUUCUCACUGACUUAAAGCUUGGGUUUGCAAGCUUUGAAGACAUUGAUGCAAUUUAUAAGGAAGGAUUUCAGUUACCAACUCUUGAAUCCAAUGACUCAACAAUUCUCCAAAAAGUCAUUCCAAAGUUCAUUAAGGAUGCUGAUGAUAGUAAAGAUAUUUUGCGCUUUGAUACCCCGGAAUCGUUCAAAAGGGAUAGAUUCUUUUGGUUUUCAGAUGUGGAGUUUGCCAGAGAAACUUUGGCCGGUGCCAACCCAUAUGGCAUUGAAUUGGUUAAGGAAUGA